GGCAGACUUGCCCGGGACUGUACUGCUGACCUAGAAUGGCACAGAAUGGAACAACAGAGAACGGAGUGGCCGAAGAAACCUCAGCUUCGCCUUUUCCCCAGCCUGUCACGGUCCAGGUUAUCAAGUACACCAAGAUUUUCAUCAACAACGAAUGGCUCCCCUCCUGCAGCGGAAGGACGUUUCCCACCGUCAACCCAGCAACAGGUGUCAAAAUCUGUGAUGUGGAGGAGGCAGACAAGGACGAUGUGGACGAAGCCGUGCAGGCAGCCAAGGCGGCCCGGCAGAGAGGCUCUCCGUGGCGGAGAAUGGACGCGUCCAGCCGGGGCAGUCUGCUGCACAAGCUGGCCGACCUGGUGGAGCGGGACCGGCUCCUGCUGGCGACGCUGGAGACUAUGGACACAGGGAAGCCCUUCCUGCAGUCCUUCUUCAUCGACCUGGACGGCAGCAUCAAAACCCUUCGCUACUAUGCAGGCUGGGCCGACAAGAUCCACGGCAAGAGUCUGCACGUAGAUGAGAGCUUCAUGUGUUUAACCAAACACGAGCCUGUUGGCGUCUGUGGAGCCAUCAUUCCAUGGAACUUUCCUCUGCUGAUGUUCAUGUGGAAGAUCGCACCGGCCCUGAGCUGUGGAAACACUGUUGUCAUCAAGCCAGCAGAGCAGACCCCUCUCACAGCCCUCCAUGUUGGAUCGCUCAUCAAAGAGGCGGGGUUCCCUCCUGGAGUUGUGAACAUCGUUCCAGGGUUCGGUCCCACAGCAGGAGCAGCCAUCGCCAGCCACAUGGACAUCGACAAAGUGGCCUUCACUGGUUCUACAGAGGUGGGCCAGCUGAUCAAAGAAGCUGCAGCCAAAAGUAAUCUGAAGAGAGUGACGCUGGAGCUGGGAGGGAAGAACCCCUGCAUUGUGUUUGCUGACUGUGACUUGCAGCUGGCUGUGGAGGAAACCCAGAAAGGAGCGUUUUAUAACCAGGGUCAGUGCUGCACAGCUGCGUCGCGUGUCUUUGUGGAGGAAAGUAUUUAUGAAGAGUUUGUGCGUCGCAGCAUAGAAAACGCCAAGAAGAUUGUCAUAGGAGACCCCCUGGACCCCCGGACGUCCCACGGGCCACAGAUUGACCAACAGCAGUUUGACAAGAUUAUGGAUCUGAUAGAGAGUGGGAAGAAAGAGGGAGCCAAGCUGGAGUAUGGUGGAUCAGCUGUGGGCGAGAAGGGCCUCUUCGUACACCCCACCAUCUUUUCUGGGGUCAAAGACCACAUGCGCAUCGCCAAGGAGGAGAUCUUUGGUCCGGUGCAGUGUAUAUUCAGCUUUAAGAGCCACGAGAAGGCGGUGGAGAGAGCAAACACAUCACAAUAUGGCCUGGUGUCAGCAGUCUUCACCACAAGUAUGGACAGAGCUCUGUCUGUGUCUGCAGCCCUUGAGACUGGCACAGUCUGGAUAAACUGCUAUAAUGCCCUUCACGCCCAGACUCCCUUUGGAGGGUAUAAGAUGUCAGGCAACGGACGAGAGCUUGGAGAGUACGCUCUGGCUGAGUACUCGGAGGUGAAAGCAGUAACAAUCAAACUGAGUGAAACUCUGUGAGAAGAACAGGGAAAGUCCAGCGCUCUGCACUUCCUAUUCCAUCAAACCACAUCACAGUUCUCUCUAACUCGCACGAUCCCUUCUUUGUCUUUAUGCUCAUGACGUUGGGUUAAGGAUAACGCCACUGGCUUCAGUAACGUGGCAGUAAUUUCAUAGUCUUAUAUUUUUCUAAUAAUUCAAUCAAGAAUUUCCCCAAAAGUGUUGCUACGUCUCCAAAUAAGAAUUGAAUCAAAGUAAGAAGUAGCUUAACCCACAGAGCGCAGCAGGUCAGCUGAACAUGUUGAAAAAGGAAUUUGAACACAGCUAAGAAACAGAUAUGACGACAGAUAUGAAGCUAGACUUGAGCUCUUCCUGGGAACACACACCCUGAAAAAUGCAGGCGCACUGAUAAGAUCGUUUCACAGAACUCAUUCCACAUAUUGUAACCUUUUUUGCUCACUGGACAUGGAAAAGGUUCAGUUGUCUUAUCCCUGAGCCAUAACAGGGGUGACUUUCGCCUCAUCACAACGUCUCCCUUAAGCCUCAAGCCCUGAACCCUCACAGACUUAGCUGACGUCCCCUGGUAAGUGUUAGUGAGUGUGAUACUGCAAGGGGGCCGAAUAAUGGUCAUAAUAAAUAAAUAAUCACACAAAGUUACAAAAAUUAAGGAAACAUUUUCAUGAUGUUUCAGAAGCUUGUUGCUUUCUUAUUGUUUGAUCAAGUGUGACUUAACUAGAGAAUCAGUUCUAAAUGAACAUUUCAGAGGUCAGGAAAUUUCCGUUGGUGAAUAUAAAAACAUAGCAUGCAGAAUAAUUAAAUGAAACUGAUUUCUAGAGCACCAUAAGGAUCAUUUUUGUGCUCCCGCUAAUAAGUGAUGGUAACCCUGUAUUCAAACUGUGGGUAAUUCCCUCAAACAAAGUCUGCAGAAAUGUGGACUUACAGAAAGUUGGACAGUACGGAUCCCUGCAACCUCAAAGAGUGUGGACACCGGGAUAAGGCUCCUCUCCUUAUACAGCCAGGUAUGAGUGACUAAAAUUCCAUAUAAGAUGACACCUGAAUCAUCGUGUGGCUGAAAAGCUGUGAAAAAUUAUAAUAUAUUCUAAUAAUAUACCUUCUAUUUCAAACGGUCCUUUAAUAAGAUGCAGACUCUGACCCAACAUUGAGAGUUAAAUCAAUGUUUGUUUUCUUUUUUUUUGUUGCGUUAAAGUUUGAGUGUCUUCUCGGUCAUCCCCAAGGCAAAAGUCAACAGAAUGAGCAUAACUGCCACACAGGGAAAGUAGUGGAAGGAGAUGAGAGGAUAUCUCUACUCCAGUAGUUAUAAUGAUUGACAAAUUGAUUCCACGAGAUGCAUAAAAUGUAGUGAUUAAUCAAUAAGGAUUUUAGAAUAUAAAUCAGUUACUGUCUCUUGUCACAUGUGGUCAUAUAUCCCUAAAUGAGACAAUGUGGGACAGUCAGAGAAUAAACACUGUUUUUGUUUUUGAUGGGCAGCUGAUGUGUGCAGGUACUUUCUGUUUCUGAUCCGACGCGCUGACUCUGACUUGGUGUGAUCUAAACUGAAUGUUCUCUCUGCUGAGGAGAAUGUACCUUCCCUUUCACAUGUUGGAAGGACCUUUGUUUCUUGUCCCAGAUGAGGUAACAUUUACCUUGCCAGUUACAUAUCAGUACUGUAACAGCAGUGAUGUUAUCGUUGCAUUGAUAGUGUCAACUUAAACUUCUUUUUUAACAGCUUUUGUGUUUCAGUGUAUAGUGUUUAUUAUCAUGCGAGAUUCAAGCCUGUCUCUGCAUUUUUGUAACAUUAGUUUGUAUUUAAAUAGAAAUUCUGAAUAAAGAGAUUCAAAUAUA